CUUUAGCUUUCACACCACACAUGAGCCCUUAACUUCUGCUGCAAAAAGCUUCCAAUGCACACUUUUUCCUUCCAUAUACAACACAACCCUCUUAAUAUUUCUCAUUCUACUGCAAUCUUUUGCCUCAUACUCUUUGACUUUGUAGUUGUCACAACAAUGUUUGAUUCAGCCUUGGAGUUGAUUAGUCAAGCUGCUUCCAACUCUCUUUUCAUCUUCUGUUGCUGCAAUUUGAUCAUUGUCAUGAUUCUCAUGGGGUCCAAACCCAGCUCCAGUUUUGAACGAGGAAGAGAAAGUUCUAUUCCAGUGGUGACAAAUACAUAUGCAAAUGAUAAUCAAGUACAAGGAACUAAUUAUUGUAUGCAUUCAGUUGAUGAGAAUAUAAAGAGGUUGGCGGAUGUUAAGGAAGUGUCAAAUGUCGAGGAAGAACAAGAACCUGCUGCUGAUGAUGAGGAAGAAGAAAGUAGCAAUAUUGUGAAUGAUAACAAAGAAGAUGAUGAGUUCAGAAGACGAGUUGAAGAGUUUAUUCACAAAGUUAAUAGCGGAUGGAAGGCAGAAUUGCUCAGGACUUCUCGUUUAGUCUAACAAAGUUACUUUAAUUUCUUACCAUAUUAGGCUUGACCAACUUUAAAACUUGAAAGACUUUAUUUUGUUUAUGAUACCUCAAACUUCUUGUAUAUAUAAGAGGUUUCCAUGAUGCUUUACUGAACAAGUUUUGAUUGUAUCUUUGAAAGUGAAUUGGUGGUCUAAAAUCUCAGUUUUUUUCUUUAGUUUUGGUCGGUAUUCUUAUGUGUUUGAGAGCAUUUUCAAACAACAGAAAGCACCUUGGAUAAUUUUGCAGUGUUUAAUUAAAUUAAACAAGAAAUGCUUG